AUGGUUAUUGCUUGCUUCAAGCGAUGUCUGCAUUCCACUAGUAAAGUGUUAUCCCCAAACGGUUCACCAUUUCAAGUUUUCAAUAGGCAUAUUAAGUUACUCCAAAGGGAGAGAGCGGCAGCUCAGGAGGAAAGCAAUUUGGUAGAAUACUUACGGGAUGAAAUUGCAAGAAGAACGGUUGGAAGAUUAUCUUGCCUAACCACGCCAUUUGACAACGUUUUAGAUUAUGGAUCGAACGGAGGAAAUUUCGAGAAGAUAGUAUGUAGCUCCAAAUACGAUGGGAAAUUUCAAAGAUAUACCGAAGACAGGAAGUUGGUCAAGUCAAAACUAAGGAGAAUUGUUAUGGUAGAUUCUUCUGAAUCAAUGAUAUCUAAAUAUAAAGAUGAUGUCUUCAAUAAAGAACUAGAUAUACGAAGAGUUGUGGCAGAUGAAGAAGCAUUCAAAGAUCCUGUUCUUCGAAGGGAAAAUCAGUAUGAUCUUAUCAUCUCAAACCUCUCCAUGCAUUGGAUAAAUGAUCUUCCAGGAACCUUUCGACAUUUGAAUAGUAUACUCAAGCCAGAUCGUUGUUUUAUAGGGACUAUAUUUGGUGGUGAUACAUUGUUCGAACUUCGGGCUUCUUUACAAUUGGCUGAAGUAGAGCGUUACGGUGGUCUUUCUGCAAGAAUUUCUCCGUUUGUUCGAUCUUCAGAUGUGGAAGGAUUGAUGCAGAAGGCGGGUUUUCAAAUGCUUACUUUGGAUGUUCAGGACAUUGUUGUUGAAUAUCCAAAUGUUGUUGCUUUAAUGAGAGACCUACAAUUAAUGGGAGAAAGUAAUGCUAUUACUAAUACCCCGCCACCUCUAACGAAGGAUAUUUUAAUUGCUGUUGAGCCUGUCUAUAAGGCUCUGUAUGGUGACCGAAAAACUGGACAUCUACCUGCUACAUUCAGAUUUAUCGAUAUUAUUGGUUGGAAGCCAGGUAAGAAUCUAUCUCAACCAGUUGCUAGAGGAAGUGCUACUGUUGAUUUGAAAUCUGCCUUGAAAAAUGAUACAAAUUGA